AUGGCCUCACUAAUGCGAAUGGUGGGCCUGCGGCCAGCCGCCGCUUCGGCCACUCCGGUGACGAUGAACGCAGCGAGCGCGCUGUCAGAGCCAGACGAGAGACCGAAGACUCCGCCACCACCUCCGAAGGGAAGCGGACGUUGGCAUCGAACAGGUCCCAAAAAUCCAAACGAACUUGAUCCCAGCAUCAUUCCCACAGGGCCAAUGUCCGUACUGCGCGACCAUGUGCGCCGAUGCGUGUUCAGGAUCGACCGGUUUUCGGCGACGGCAAUCGCCACGCUCAUUUUCGAAGAUUGCACCCAGGCGCAAAGCAUCGCAUUCAUCGAGGGGUUCUUUGUGGCCUGCAAAGAGUGUCGAGGUCGUCUCAGAGACAGGUGCGACUGGAACGAGACCGAGCUGUUCAAGCAGAUUUCGCCGGCAUUCGCACAACUCUGGGAUAUCGUCAAUGAGUACAAAGGCAAGCACGCGCGGCGCUUGUCCGCGCACAACUUACGCGACGUUCAUGUUGAGUAUGAGUAUGGCACAUAUCAGCCAGCAAAACUCCAGGCCGAGUGGGCGUACAUCAUGAGACAGGGCGGCAAGGUAUACCACCAAUGGCCUCGCUAUGAGCAGUUCCCUCAGCUUUCUUGUCCAAGCAGGAUGGGCGUCGACAUUAUCCUCAAGCCCGAAACUCUGGAAGAGCUCUACCCGGACAGCAGAGAGGAUGUCGAGGUCAACGUCAACAUCGAGCCCAUUGACCCAAACACACCAAAUCCGCAUGUGAUCGAAAUCUCUCCAAGACUGCAGGCUGGCAAGCUGUUUCCGUAUUACCUGCCAUCGUCAUCAUCGGCAGGUCCGCUUCAUCGCUUGCCCGCGGAGCGUCAGGAGGAGAUUCGACAGGAGGUCGAUCAGGUCUGCAGCGGUCGGCCACGGGGUGACAGCAUUCAAGCUCUUCUGGACGCUACAAAAGGAAGUCGCACCUGGUAUGCCGGGAAGAGCAAGAACCCGACCACACGUUUCCAACCAGAGUGGUCGCCGGACAGUCAGCCAUUCACCAGGGAUGUGCCGGGUGCUUCGAACCACGAGUGGUGGCAGAAAGAGUGGGCGGAGCACCAGCAGAAGAUGCAGGCGGUGACGCAAGAGAUGGCAAUCGCGCGAGGCAUGACAGUACCGGAGCCGUAUCCUCUCGAAGUCCUUCCAGAUCCAGCUUUGCCGCUUGGAGGAGGCGUGAGCGAGAAGGACAGGUUGGCAGCAUCCAGAGCCGAGCUGGCAGAAAAGCUGGAAAGGGUGACAGCGAUCAAGAAGGACAUCGAGUUCACUACCAGUCGAAAUCGCCACCGGAAUGGUAUCGACGAGUGCGAAGAGAGGCUCAAGGCUCUCAACAGCGACUUGGACCAGCUCGACGAAGUCGUCAAUGACUUGAAGGUCGAAAUCUUCAACCUGCAAGACCGAUCAGACCACGGUGUCUUGAGCACUUCGGUCCCCACGCCCAACGAAGAUGGCGAAGCAGUCCGCAGCGAUUCGGCAGUCUGGCUCAGAUCCUCCGCGAGACAGGUGCGCACGUCUGCAAGCUCCGCUGCCCCAACUCCAGCCGGCCAGAACUCAAAGACCUGGAAGAAGUCGCCGUUGCCGCCAGGGCUGCUGACUCUGAUGCUCAAUCCACCGCCGUCUGCCGUGCAAGCAUCAAAUCGAAUUGCACUAAGAGGCAGCAGCCGCUUUAUGAACAUCACGCAAAGGACGUUGGUACCAUCAAUGCGCCUGCCACAUGGAUUCGUGCCUCCACCUCCUCCGCCCCUUCACCACGAAGGCGGUAUGGCGGAUACUCCACGACCAACCUCAGGUUUCUCGCCUCGGUACGUUCUCGGACGGCCUGCGGGAAAGGCACAUGUCGCAUAUGCGCAUCUUCCGGAGACUGAGAGGCGCUUCGGAGCUUGCCAACAACCUGACGCCGAGGUAGACCAGGGUGAAUGGACCGACGCAUCUUCGCCGGAGAGUCGACAUGUGCACUUCGAUCUUCCAAGCGCCGCAGUCUCCAGUGGAACUGACUCAGAGCCCAGCUUUCCUUUUGCUACAGCAAUGGAUGGAAGUGGUUCAGCGUCCAUGGAGGUUUCAUCGGGUAGCACAGCAGAGACAGCCUUUGAGCCCGUCACUCCUUCGAAGUGGCUCCGCAACCUUGACGUUACUGCGGCGCCCACCCCGAAGCGCCGCAUCCUCGUCAUGGACCAUUACUCAUUGGACAUCACGCGGAGCGCUACUCACCUGGAGGAGAUCCGCUCACGCUCCACCAGAAUUAACAAACGAGCAGAGUACCCAGCAGGCACCAUCCCCAUCGGCAGCCCAAGCAGCUUUCCUCGUGCACCAACAGACGCUGACAUCGAGAAGCAGCAUUUCCAUCGCAAAUAUAACGCUCGAGAGACAAGAAUCAUGCGUUUUCGAGACGACCCGCAUGAGCUGGCAUUGCGGGAGGAGGAGGUGAAGCGCAUUCUCCUCAAUGAUUAUGGGCCAAUCACAGGUAAGGCGGAUUUUUAUCAUCGUUGUCGUGAGACUCGGGCGGAGGUCGAGAAGCAGAUGGCGCGGGCAGCGCAGGCGGGUGGACAGGCGGCAGCAGGUGGUGGGCAUGGGGGGCGGCGUGGGCAGCAGCAGGCAGCGAAUUGUGGAUGCGGGCAGCAGGCGGCGGUUGGAAUGCAUCGCGGGCGUGAGGAGGAAGCGAUGGAGGCUUGA